GGCCGGCGGAAGCAAACAUCGGCCCUCCAAAAGAUGCAGACUGUUUGCCGUAGCCGUUCUGGCUCAAGGGUAUUGGCAGUCGUGCUCCCAAUCGUUUGGAUUGGCCGCAUUUUUGUUACCGUACCAUCUCCCGCAGCACUUCAUUAUGGCUUGUCCCCUCGUGUUCGGGAUGCUGUUGCUGUUCAUGUCUGGCGGCCCCACGGCGGCGGUCCACCUCGCGAUUCACCCGAGCGACCUGGUGGACGCGAGCGUGGUAGACCCGGGCAAAGUGAACCUGGUGCUGGGCAAGGAAAAGACAAGCCCGCAGGCCAGGCAUGUUGCCGAGGACUUCACAGGGGCCGUCUUCGAGGCGGAGCUCGCCGUGGACGCGAGCGAGGACCCCGUGGCUGCCGAUGGCCGCACGGAGGAGCCGUGUGAGAACCCGGCAGCAGGCGACCACUGUCGCAAGGCCGUGGAGUGGUCCAGGGAGGUCGGCAUCGGCAAGCAUCCGGAUUGGUACCCGAACUUGACGGCCGAGUCCUCCUUCCAGGAGGUCCAGGAGUCCUUGUGGCGCCGUGGCAAGGCCGGUUGCAGGAGGCCCUGCCCCGAGCCGGAGACCACGACGGUUGCCUUGCCGAAGGUGGAGGACAUGACGGUUGACCAGCUUCAGGGGUUCAUCAACAAAGAGUGGGACGGCGGGAUCCCCCAGGACGUGUUGGACGGGGGAAGGCUCGACGACAACGCGACCAGCAAUGCCUCGUCGGAAAACGAGGCCGUCCCUGCAACCAGCGGAACUGGAGCCGUGCCGAUGGUCGACGGCGCGCAGUCGCCAGAAAGCAUUGGUCAGGCUGGCUAUACGAAGAACGAGUCUGAGGUGGCGGUUGACGCCGCGCCGACACACGAGGCUCUGCAGGAGAGCACCGACCAGGACGCUUCUAGGCAGGAGGGCGACGUCACGACCAGGUCGCAGGAUUCCUGGGACAAGAGGGGCGAGGAGGUCAGCGGCGGGGAGCCGACGCUCCCCCAGGACGGCGGCACGAAGAACGAGUCCGAGGUGGCGGUUGACGCGCCGUUGAACCGCGACGCCGCGCCGACGCAAGAGGCUCCGCAGGAGAGCACCGACCAGGACGCUCCUAGGCAGGAGGACGACAUGACGACCAGGUCGGAGGAUUCCUGGGGCAGGAGGGGCGAGGAGGGUAUCGGCGGGGAGCCGACGCUCCCCCAGGACGGCGACGCGAAGAACCAGUCUGAGGUUGCGGUUGACGCGCCGUCGAACCGCGACGCCGCGCCGACACAAGAGGCUCCGCAGGAGAGCACCGACCAGGACGCGUCCGGGCCUCAGGAGGACGACAUGACGACGAGGUCGAACACAGCAGAGGGCCUGCCAGCAACGAGCAGCACAGAGCAUUCGCCCGAGUCUCCAGAGCAGACCAUCGAGCGGAACAGCACGGCUCAGGAGGACGUCCCCGCGAACGCGCCGGGGCUGGAGGACGGCACCAGUCGCCUCGACUUGCCCUCCGCGGACGCUGCGCAGCAGACAGGCAGCGCUGGCGCACCAGUGGCCGGAAAGGACGCGGACACGCCUGGCGCGAGCCCUCCUUCCGCAGACGCCCCCUCGGGCAGCAGCACGGACGGCGCGGUGGGGGACGCGCCGCUGCCGCUCGUCGACAGCGGCGACGCGAGCCUCGAUCCCGAGGCCGCCGUGUCCAACGCCUCGACGGGCGAGCCCGCCGACGCGUCCUCCCCCGACCCGCCCACGAGCGGCCCCGCGCCGGCCGAGCAGCCCGGAGCCGCCGCGGAGGCCCUCGGGGCGGGGGCCGCCGAGGACCCCGCGGCCGGGGGCCCCGAGGAGGCCACGUCCGCCGGCCCGCAGGGGCCCGAGGGCUGGAGCGGCGCGGGCGCGCAGCGCCAAGACGACGGCGCCGGCGCCCAGGGCGCGGAGCUGCCCGCGGAGCAGGGCUCGGGCGCCGCCGCCGCGGGCGCGGGGCAGGUGCUGGGCGCCGCCGGGGCAGAGGGCCCCGCCGGCGCGGGCGCGCGAGCGGCGGUGGUGGGAGCCGAGCCGCUGCCGGAGGUGGACGAGGACGGCCUCGACGAGGCGGGCAGGGCGGAGGCGGCGGAGAAGGCAGAGAGGGCGCGGGAGAUGGCUGAGGCCGAGGAGCAGAUGCGGAGGCAGGUGGCCAGCGAGCUGCGCGAGGAGAUGGCGGCGCACACCUCGACGACGGAGGAGUCCCUUGAGAGCAUGAAGGAACGGAUCAAGGCUGAAAUCAAGCAACAAAUAAUGAAGGAACAGAUGGAGGCCAAGAUCCGGGCAGAGAUCAUGCGCGAGAUGAUGGCUUCAGUCGACACGGAUGGUACCAGUACGUCACCGUUGCAGUGAUUGGGGGCCCGACGUAAGUGCAGUUGGGUCUUCGACUCGUAACGUUGCAGUGCCACACAGGGCGAGGGUUGGGCGAGCCCAGAAGGUGGUAGAUUGACCUUGUCUUUGCUCUCGCCCAUUCUGUAAGGACUUGCGCGUGGAUCGCCUGGCCCUCGAUGCAAGAACAAAGCAUGCAGGCUGUUUGGGGCUCCAGUGUGAAGGGCGCGAGUAUAUUGGGCCGUCCAGCUCUUGUUCGGUUGGGUCCCCCCUGGGGCAGGGCCCUCCCUCCCGGGCCGGCCUGGAGGUGGUCCCUUCGAUCAGUCUUUAGAGAGGCCCCCCAGACCAUACCUC